CAGCCUGAGAGUUAAUCCUUCCCCUGAAGGAGCGGUGGUGGAAGGUCUUGAAUUAAAAAGGGCCAGGUUCCCAGAAAAAAAAAGACCCAAGACAAAGUUUACAAGGUUCAUGGAGACCAGGUUUGCAUGGCUGAUGAUGUCGGAAGCAGCGGCAGCAUUUAGUUAUGGAGAUGUCAAGUAGAAAGUUGAUGCUCUCCUUCAUUUAUUAUUUAUGCCAGCUUCAAAGGCAGCUCAUAUAAAAGUCACGGAAGAGAAAGUGAUAGAAACCAUUAAAACUCAGCUGAAAGAACCCAGAGGCUGGGGAACAAAGGCAGAAGAGAGUGGGUAAUUAUUCCUGGAAAAUCCAGGCUCCAAAAAGCCACGGAAAUGAGCUUGCUGGCAGCCAAAGGGAAGAAAAAAAAAUGCCUAAAAACAGAAUGCUUGUCUGGAAAUGAAGACAGAGGGGUUUGUGAAGCCUCCAGGGAGGGGCAGGAGCGGUGGCAGGAGGUAAAAUGGAACCAAUCUGGUUGGGGGUUCUCCUUGCUAGAGAAGGGCUGGAAGCCAGGUCAGCCAUUCAACAGUGCUGACACCUAAGGGAGGGCGGAGCCUCUCCCGGGAGAAGACUCCUCCUUGGCUGUCUGGGAGCAAGUGGCACAUGGCAGGGGUGAAGGACCGUGGCUCCUGUUCACAUCAUUCUUUCUGUAGGGAAGCAGGACAGAAGUGGUGCUGCGUCCCUAGGCUCUGACCUUCUCUCCCAAGAUGAGGUGGGGCCACCGUUUGCCUAGGGCCUCUGGUCUGGGAAGAACACUGCAGCCACCAGAUAAGCGCAUCCCCUUCCUGACCUGCUGGAGAUGGUCUCCUAAAGGGCAGCACCCCGUGGGGCCCCCCAGGGCAUUUUCAAGUCACCGGGAGAGCUCAGCAGACAGUGCUCCCCCGCGAGGGAGGCAUGGCCAGCUGUUCGGGACCGGCUCUGCAGCUGAAGCUAUUCAGCGGCACCGUAGGAAUCUGGCUGAGUGGUUCACACGGCUGCCCAGGGAGGAGCGCCAGUUUGGCCCAACCUUUGCUCUGGACACGGUGCAUGUCGACCCUGUGAUCCAAGAGAGCACGCCGGAUGAGCUGCUGCGUCCAUCUGCAGAGCUGGUCCUGGAGCACCGGCGGCCCCCCGCGGGGCUCCCCCCGCUGGCUCUGUCUCAGCUCUUUGACCCGGAUGCCUGUGGGCGCCGGGUGCAGACAGUGGUGCUGUAUGGGACAGUGGGCACUGGCAAGAGCACACUGGUGCGCAAGAUGGUCCUGGACUGGUGUUACGGACGGCUGCCUGCCUUCGAGCUGCUCAUCCCUUUCUCCUGUGAGGACCUGUCCUCCCUGGGCCCCACCCCCACCUCCUUGGCCCAGCUGGUGGCCCAGCGUUACACACCGCUGAAGGAGGUCCUGCCCCUGAUGGCCGCCUCCGGGUCCCGCCUGCUCUUUGUGCUCCAUGGCUUAGAGCGGCUCAACCUUGACUUCCGGCUGGCUGGCACAGGACUUUGUAGUGACCCCGAGGAGCCAGGAGCACCGGCUGCCAUCAUCGUCAACCUACUGCGCAAGUACAUGCUGCCCGAGGCCAGCAUUCUGGUGACCACCCGGCCCUCUGCCAUAGGCCGCAUCCCCAGCAAGUACGUGGGCCGCUACGGUGAGAUCUGCGGCUUUUCGGAUACCAACCUGCAGAAGCUCUACUUCCAGCUCCGUCUCAACCAGCCGGACUGUGGGUAUGGCGCCGGUGGUGCAAGUAUCUCUGCGACACCAGCUCAGCGGGACAACCUGGUGCAGAUGCUCUCCCGAAAUCUAGAGGGGCACCACCAGAUCGCCGCCGCCUGCUUCCUGCCCUCCUAUUGCUGGCUGGUCUGUGCGACCCUGCACUUCCUGCACGCUCCCACGCCUGCUGGCCAAACCCUCACAAGCAUCUACACCAGCUUCCUGCGCCUCAACUUCAGUGGGGAGACGCUGGAUAGCACGGACGCCUCCAAUUUGUCCCUGAUGGCCUACGCGGCCCGAACCAUGGGCAAGUUAGCCUACGAGGGGGUGUCUUCCCGCAAGACUUAUUUCUCCGAAGAGGACGUCCGCGGCUGCCUAGAGGCUGGCAUCAGGACGGAAGAGGAGUUUCAGCUUCUGCACAUCUUUCGCCGAGAUGCCCUGAGGUUCUUCCUGGCCCCGUGUGUGGAGCCAGGGCACCGGGGCAACUUCGUGUUCACCGUGCCUGCCAUGCAGGAAUACCUAGCCGCCCUCUACAUCGUGCUGGGUUUGCGCAAGACCACCCUGCAGCGGGUGGGCAAGGAAGUGGCUGAGCUCGUGGGCCGCGUCGGGGAGGACGUCAGCCUGGUGCUCGGCAUUGUGGCCAAGCUCUUGCCUCUGCGGAUUCUGCCUUUGCUCUUCAACUUGCUCAAGGUUGUUCCUCGAGUGUUUGGGCGCAUGGUGGGCAAGAGCCGGGAGGCCGUGGCCCAGGCCAUGGUGCUAGAGAUGUUCCGAGAGGAAGACUACUACAACGAUGAUGUGCUGGACCAGAUGGGUGCCAGCAUCCUGGGGGUGGAGGGCCCCCGGCGCCACCCGGAUGAGCCCCCCGAGGACGAGGUUUUCGAGCUCUUCCCCAUGUUUAUGGGGGGCCUCCUGUCUGCCCACAAUCGGGCUGUGCUGGCUCAGCUUGGCUGCCCCAUCAAGAACCUGGAUGCCCUGGAGAAUGCCCAGGCCAUUAAGAAAAAACUGGGCAAGCUGGGCAGACAGGCGCUGCCCCCCUCGGAGCUCCUGGACCACCUCUUCUUCCACUACGAGUUCCAGAACCAGCGCUUCUCGGCCGAGGUGCUCAGCUCCCUGCGCCAGCUUAACUUGGCGGGCGUGCGCAUGACACCCCUCAAGUGCACGGUGGUGGCAGCCGUACUGGGCAGCGGGAAGCAUGCCCUGGAUGAGGUGAACUUGGCCUCCUGCCAACUCGACCCUGCCGGGCUGCGCACACUCCUGCCGGUCUUGCUGCGUGCCCGGAAGCUGGGCUUACAACUCAACAACUUGGGCCCCGAGGCCUGCAGGGACCUCCGAGACCUGCUGCUGCAUGACCAGUGCCAAAUCACCACCCUGCGGCUGUCCAACAACCCACUGACAGAGGCGGGGGUGGCCCUGCUGGUGGAGGGCCUGGCGGGAAACACCUCCCUGACACACCUGUCCCUGCUGCACACCGGCCUGGGAGACGAGGGGCUGAAGCUGCUGGCUGCCCAGCUGGACCAAAACCAGCAGCUGCAGGAGCUGAAUGUGGCCUACAACGGUGCUGGAGACACGGCGGCCCUGGCCUUGGCCCAGGCAGCCCGCGAGCAUCCGUCCCUGGAGCUGCUGCACCUCUACUUCAAUGAGCUGAGCUCAGAGGGCCGCCAGGCCCUGCGGGACCUGGCAGGUGCUGCUGAAGGGGGAGCUCGGGUUGUGGCGUCGUUGACGGAAGGGACCGCGGUGUCGGAGUACUGGUCCGUGAUUCUCAGUGAGGUCCAGCGGAACCUCAACAGCUGGGACUGGGCCCGGGUCCGGCGCCAUCUCGAGCUGCUGUUACGGGAUCUAGAAGAUAGCCGCAGCGCCACCCUUAAUCCUUGGCGCAAAGCCCAGCUGCUGAGAGUGGAAGGCGAGGUCAAAGCCCUCCUGGAGCAGCUGGGAGAGCCGGAAAGUUGAGACCUAGUUCUGGGUCCACCAGCCCUCAAAACCCCUUCUCUCUGUGGUGCCCUGGCUUGCCAUGCCCUUUCCAGAAAGAUCCCUUUAGGGCUGGAGACCAGGCAAUGGCACCCGGCUGUGCCAGUUACCUCCGGGGGCAAGUCCAACCUUGACUUUCCUGGGUUGGAAUUUCCAGGGUUAAAUAUAGUGGAUUGCCAGGAGAGGUGGCUCAGGCCUAUCAUCUUAGUACCGGAGAGGCCGAGGCAGGAGCAUAGCCAGUUCAAGGCCAUCUGGGCUACACUGUGAGAUCCAAUCUCAAAAAACCAAAUGAAACCAAUCAACGAGAGCAACCACAACAAAAACAAACAAAACUUAAAAAAAAAAUCCAACCAAACCAAACCAAACCAAACCAAACCAAAACACAUCCAGUGAUGCUGUGGCUGUGGGAAUGGAAGUGCCUCUUCUCCCUUUGGGAAGAAGGACUUAAGGGUGUGGCACUCAAGUGGCCAGAUUGUCUUUAACUCCCACCAAGAACUCGCCUCUCCCCUCCAAGCUAGGUGCCUCUGAUUGGAUUGUGUCACCAAGGGCUCAGGUCUCGUGUCUGCCGAGCCCGAGGUGUGUAGGGGGGCUUCUCCGUCCUGCCUGAUGCUCACCUGUGGGUGCUAAGGAUGCCCUCCCUCCCUUGGUGCUUUCCUUCACCCCCAUGCUCCCUGUAUUGCACUGGUACCAAUGCCCCGAGGGGCGCCUGCACCUGACCUGCUGCUAUUAAAGAGCUGUGUGUGUUCUA